AUGGCUACCUCCCUUACAUCAGUCAUUGUUGGUGCUAAAGCCAAGCACACUGCCACCGUUUUCUGGUUCCAUGGUCUUGGUGAUUCUGGUGCAGGCUGGUCCUUCCUUGCUGACGAGUUGUCUAACAUGUUUCCUCACGUCAAGUGGAUCUUGCCCAACGCUCCUAUGAUCCCUAUCACCAUCAACCAAGGCAUGCGUAUGCCAGGAUGGUUUGACUUGAGCGGCUUGGAUCGUUCGAUUGCCCAAAACCAAGAUGAAAAGGGCAUGCUUUCUUCAAUGACCUCCAUCAAUGCUUUGAUUCGCAAUGAGGUCGAUAGCGGUAUCCCCAGCGAGCGUAUCGUGAUUGGUGGUUUCUCCCAAGGUUGUGUCAUGUCAUUGUUGACCGGUCUUACUUCCGAGUACAAGUUUGGUGGUGUUGUCGGCUGCAGCGGCUGGUUGGGUAUGCAUGAAAAGUUUGCAUCGAUGGCUUCGGACGCCAACAAAAAGACGCCUAUUCUCAUGUGCCAUGGUGAUGCCGAUCCUGUUGUCGACUACAACAUUGGCAAGGAAUCGGCUGCCUUCCUCGAGAAGCUUGGAUACGACAUCAAAUUCAAGACCUACUCUGGUUUGGUCCAUUCUGCUAGUCCCCAAGAAUUGGCUGACAUUGCCAACUUUUUGAAAGAACGUCUUCCUUCAGAGUAA